CGCCGGCGAGGGUUAGGAUAGGAGAAUGCGUCUUCUCCGCCUGCGGCGACAGGCGCACCCCCAGCUGCCGGCCAAGUCUCCCUCGCCCACCGUGGCCGACGCGAAGUAGACUCCUGGCGGCGGCGACAGCGAGGUAAGCCAUCCAACUUCACCACUAGCGAAGUCGCCGGUACAGAUGCCCGUGCUAUUGCAUUUGCUUGAAUGCUGCUUCCGCUGACAAAACGAAAUGUAUAUAUCCUAUGGUGUAUCUUGAUCAAAGGUGCAAGUACGUAUCAGUCCGAUGCACCCUCUCGAUCUCCUUUUAUCUUACCGGAGUCGAAUACUGUGAGUAGAUUCACAAAGCACACAGUUUCCUGAAGAAUUUUGUGGCGAAAAAAUUAGCUAGGGUCUCUUGGUCGUGAUCUGUUGAGGACGGCCGUGUUCUCAUGCCGUGCAGGUAGAGGUAGCUGCCGAUUCUCCUACGGUCCUUUAGGGCUUGUUCUGAAUUGUUUUACCUGUCAACAGGUCUCGAUCAGAUUGUCCUUGGUGUAUCAACCAUGCCACCAUGCCUGCUAGCAUCAACUAUCAGAAUUAAUUAUUGGCAAGGAUCCCAAGCUCUCUAGCAAUAAUAAUUAAUAAAAGUGGUGACUGGUGAGCACAUAUGUUGUGCAUAAAAAUUUUAUAAAUAAGCUGACUGGUGAGUAAAGACACUUCUCGUUGCCGUGCUUCAUUUGCACACUGAAACAUGACGGCCACGCCAAGUUUCCUAAAGUUCCUCAAGGGCUGGUGAGAGCAAUUAUUGGUUAGGUAAGAGAAGCAAUUAUUGCAAGAGCUUCGGGAUCUGAUUUGCAAGAUUAAUAACAGGUACACACAAGUACACAAAUAAGCAUAGAAACUUUAACAGACCUGAGCCUGGGAGUGCUUCUCAUCAGAAGUAUGGGAUCGGCGAACGGCAGCUCUUCUCAACAAAGCAGCAGCUUACCAUAGCAGUUUACAGAGGGAGUACUAAAGAGCAAGGACACUUCUCGUUGCCGUGCUUCAUCUGCACACUGAAACAUGACGGCCACGCCAUGUUUCCCGAAGUUUCUCAAGGGCUGGUGAGAGCAAUUAUUGGUUUGGUACACAGAUACACAUCUUGUGAACAUAGAAACUUUAACAGACCUGAGCCUGGGAGUGCUUCUCAUCAGAAGUAUGGGACCGGCGAACGGCAGCUCUUCUCAACAAAGCAGCGGCUUACCAUAGCAGAAGUAUGGUAAUUCAUGGUUGAGUACUGCAGUGUGAUAAUAAUAUAUACCUUGUAAUUUUUUAGGCUGGGCCACAGAAAUUAUCUGAAGACACACAGGCUACCUGCUGUGCAACAUAUCUGUCUCAGCUCUGACUCGAGGAGCAAUGGCCGAGGUUGUGAUUCUCUCGGCAGUGGCAAAGAUCGGUGUAGCUCUGGGGAAUGAAGCAAUGAACCAGGCUACUUUACAGUUCAAUAACUUUAUAACACAGCUAACAGAGCUUCAAGGAAGCAUGGGUCGCAUCAGAAGGGAGCUCAGAUUGAUGCAUGAAUAUCUUUGCCGAAUGGACAUACGGAAUCGCAACAAUCAGACAUAUGAAAUCUGGGUGGAGGAGGUGAGAAUGUUUGUUCAUGGGAUUGAGGAUAUUGUGGAUGAGUAUUUGCAUCUUGUUGGUCAGAAACAUGACAGUGGAUGGAGUGCCUGUCUGAAGAAAGGAUUUAAACAACCAAAUGUUUUCUUCUCUUUAAACAGGAUAGCUUCUUUGGUUAAGGAAGCGGAGGUCAAUCUUGUGCACCUGUUCCAGGCUAAAGAUCGAUGGGUGUCAAUGGUAGAUAGUGGGUAUAUGAAUGACUCAAGUUACAUUGUUGAGAGGUCUCAGCAUCUAGCAAGCACUUCACGUUCCCUUGCCGAAGAAGAUCUCGUGGAGGUUGAUGGAAACAGAAAAAAGCUUGAGCAGUGGUUGGCAGGUGAUGAGUUGGAACGCUCUGUGAUAGUGCUGCAUGGUAUGGGAGGGCUUGGUAAAACAACUUUGGCUGCAAAUGUCUACAGGAAGGAAAGUGAAAAUUUUGAUUGCCACUGUUGGGUCUCUGUCUCUCAAACUUAUUCCAGAGAAGAUGUUUUGAAAAAAUUAAUCAAGGAGCUUUUCAAAGAUAAAGCCAUUGUUCCAUCUAAUAUUGAGACCAUGGACAUCAUAAGCCUUGAAGAGGCACUGAAGAAUUUUUUAGAGCAGCGCAAGUAUUUGAUCAUGCUGGAUGAUGUUUGGACUCCUGAAGCAUUCCAUGAUCUUUCUGGGGUGGUUAUUCGUAACAAGAAGGGCAGCAGAGUUGUAAUCACAACCAGGGAAGGCAAUGUUGCUGGACUUGCUUCUCAAGGACAGGUCUUAACACUAAAACCUCUAUCAAAGGAUGGAUCAUGGGAACUCUUCUGUAAGACAGUUUUUCCCAUAGAUACAAAAUGUGAGUGUCCCACAGAACUGACAGAAUUAGCACAUGAAGUGGUUGACAAGUGUAAAGGCAUACCCCUUGCAAUUGUCUCUAUUGGCAAGCUCCUCUUUGUACGUGACAAGACCAAAGAGGAACUGAAGCGAAUACAUGACCAGCUCGACUGGGAGCUAAUUAACAAUCCAAGCUUGGAACAUGUCAGGAAUAUCCUUUAUUUGAGUUACUUGUACCUUCCGACAUACUUGAAAAGUUGUUUUCUAUACUGCAGCUUGUUCCCAGAGGACUAUCUUUUCAAAAGGAAAAAGCUGAUACGGUUGUGGGUAGCAGAGGGCUUCGUCAUGGGAAGGGGUGAAAGCACAAUGGAGGAAGUGGCUGAAGGUUAUCUAGAAGAGUUGGUUCACAGAAAUAUGCUUCAAGUUGAUACAAGAAACCCAUUUGGUAGGAUAAAAUCAUUCCGGAUGCAUGAUAUUGUACGUGAGUUGGCAGUAGAUUUGUGUCGCCGGGAAUGCUUUGGUGUUGUUUAUGAGGAGGAUAAAUACAUGGAAUCUCUUGAUGAGUCGGAUGCACGUCGACUGGUAAUACACAAAAUGAGCAAGGAUAUUUAUCAGUCAGUAUCAGGUGUACACCGUCUCCGCUCUGUUAUCGCAUUGGACAUCAAUAUUCCAUCAUCCACUCUACUGCCUCUAAUAGCAAAGAGGUCCAGAUAUAUUUCGGUGCUGGAGUUAAGUGGCCUACCCAUUGAGAAGGUUCCAGAUGGUAUUGGAGAUCUUUUCAAUCUCCGCUAUUUGGGUCUGCGUGGUUCAAAAGUGAAGCUCCUUCCCAGGUCUAUCGAGAAACUUUCAAGUUUGUUGACACUGGACCUUUCAGGGUCUGGCAUGAAGGAGCUGCCUAGAGGCAUUGGUGAACUAAAAAAGCUUAGGCAGUUAUUCACUGACAAAGCUAGUGAUCGAUUUAGGAGAGAUUUCCGGUGCGGCGGUGGUGUAUGCAUCCCCAAGGGCCUUGAGAACCUGACAAGUCUGCAGACACUAGUAUCCUUGGAAGCGCAGGAUGAGUCGGUUAGACAGUUGGGGGAGCUGAGGCAACUGAGAAGCUUGGAGAUAUGGAAUGUGAAAGGAACCUACUGUGGACAUAUAUGUGCUGCUCUAGCCGAGAUGCGACAUCUUUCCUACCUACAUGUGAAUGCAAGCCAAGACAAUGAGGUUCUCCGGUUGAGUGGUCUACCCCCAAAUCUGCAAAGGCUUAGCUUGACUGGUCGAUUAGCGGAAGGCACAUUGGGAGAGUCCCCUCUCUUCCUAACUUCGGGGCGGAACCUGUAUUCACUGUCUCUAUCUUGGUCUCAGAUGAUAGAGGACCCCUUACCAUCCCUUUCUCGAUUGUCAAAUUUGAUGGACCUGAUGCUCACCAGAGCGUGCAGCGGAAAGCAGAUGACAUUUCUUGCCGGGUGGUUCCCCAAGCUAAAAACCCUGAGAUUGAGAGACCUGCCAAAUUUGGAGGUUCUAGAGAUGAAGGAAGGUGCCGUGGUGAGCCUCGAAAUAUUAACACUAGUCAACCUUGAAGGCAUGGUGGAGGUCCCACCUGGCAUAGAGUUCCUCGCGCAUGUAAAGUAUAUUUCGUUCCGGGAAAUCACCAGCGAGUUUUUGACUUCGCUGCGACAAUGUCCUAGAACUCAAGGGGUGCACUGGCGGCAUACUCUCAGGUGACAUUGACCCUGCUGGCCUCGAAAUGAGUAUGUAAGCCACUCAACUGCAGACUACUGUUCCACUACCAGUUUCCUCGUGUAACUUCACCUUCAUGUUUUUAUUGGUUUGCUUGUCGGAAGAAAGGAUACCCUACAAAUACUCCACUUUCCCUACUUGUAGUCACUACUACUGUUUUUGUGAUUGUGGAUCAUGGUAUUGUCUAUUUAUUCUGGUUUUGUCUGUGAGUUACAGUAUAUAUGUGCUCAUCCUGUUACCAAAGGAAGCUUGAGCAGUUGAGCUUGCUUCCUUUAACACUCUUUAUUUGUUUAUAGCUUACCUUGUUGCUAGUUA